UUCACUCACAGCAACAAGGAAAUAAGUCUCUCUUCAAACUAAUAAUUCCUCCGACUCCCUCCAGUUUCUCCUCAUGAUGCAUUCGUGCAGUUCUCCGGAGGACCCGCGCUGCCUGGGGGCACUCUCGCUGUAACGCGGCCCGGCGACAACACGUGGCUGGACUCACCGUCACGAGCCGCAGCACGGAGACAUCGCGCAGCCCGGGGGGGGCGGGGGGGGGGGACAGAAUAUGGACCACCUGCCAGAUGACAACUCCAGAUACAAAGACAUUGACUAUUGGGAUGAAAGAUACAAGACGGAGCAGUGUUUUGACUGGCUGGGCAGCUUCUCCAAAUUCCAGCAUCUUCUGGAAAAACACGUCCACAAAGAAGACUCUAUUCUGAUACUAGGUUGUGGAAACAGCAGUAUGAGCGGUGACAUGUACAGUGCCAGCUACCACUCCAUCACCAACAUAGACUACUCCUCUGUGUGCAUCAGUACGAUGAAGGCCAGGUACAGCGACUGCGUGGGUAUGACCUGGCAUCAGAUGGACGUGCGCCAGCUCUCCUUUCCCGAUGCGUCGUUUGAUGUCAUCAUAGAGAAGGCCACGCUGGAUGCCAUCAUGGUGGAAGAGAAGACGCCCUGGGAAGUGUCCCCUCAAACUGCUGUUUUCAUUCACCAAGCACUCACAGAGGUUCGACGCUGCUUGAAGCCUGGAGGACGGUUUGUGUCUGUAACCUUCGCCUCACCCCUCUUCAGGAAACGCCUCUAUGCUCGCACAGAGUACAACUGGUCGAUUAAGAAGUAUGGUUAUGGAGAAGGCUUUGAAUAUUUUGUGUAUGUAAUGACCAAAGGAGAGGAGCUCAGCCCAGAAGAUGCAGCUCUGGAGAAAAAGCUACUGGAGGACACCAAAUCCCCACCUACCACCAUUGCCACAUUGCAAAUUGAAGACAAGGAAGACUUCCUGUUUAAUAUUGAACCCUAGGAAUACAUGAACUCUGAGAGUUAUAAGUAAGCUCUAUGCUGUGAAAGUGACCAAUGAAACUCAAACUUCUCCACGGUCACAAACACAACAAGAUGCCUUUGUGACCACACAUUUCUACCUUACAGUUAUGUAAUGUUGUAAGAACUGACUGCUAUGUAUUUGUAGCUGUUGUUUAUGUUCGGCUUAGAUGUUCAUAUAGACAUCUGUGAGGAAAGAUUUUAGAGGAUUUUUUUAAUACAGGAUUUAGACUACGCACCACCAGGCACACUCAAUAUGUGAUCAAGAUAGCAAAUAGUGGCCAAAUAUACAUCCAAAUACAUGUGGUGAAUGCACGGUAAUUGACAGUUGUUACAUUUCCAAAGAAGAAUUGGAAACAGUAGCAUAAUAAUCAUGUUUGAGACAAAUCAAAAGAAGCUGUGUGGUUACAAUUACAACAUUUACAUGUAUGGAAAAAUGUUUCUCUAAACUUUACAAAAUGGUUGUGUCAAAUAACAAUAAUCGAUUAAUCAAAAUGUACCCUAAAUAAACACAUCUGUUGUCCAACAGACCUAAUUCACUUAUGUAUUAAAACACACCUUUAUUACAGUGGUGACAGUGUAGCGCCAGCAAAUAUACCUAGUGUUUUGUUUUAAGUCACCUACGUGUAUGAAAAAAACAUAGAUUACCCAAACUGACUACUGAUCUUUCAAUGUGACGACAAAUACAGAUACGGUAGCUUCAAAAAUACAGAACACAAUCAACUUUACAGACUAAACAAUGUCAACACGGAAUAAAUCUUUGGCUUGAAGUCUCCUCUUGAAGUGUCCCUGUGAUCCGAACUAAAACAUUAUUUUCUAUAAGUUUCAUAUGAUUGUAUUGUUCAUUCAGUCAGUUUGUGAUUACUAUAGUCAUCUAUACUAUGACUCAUCAUGUUUCUGUUUAUGUCAUCAUUUUUCGAAAGCUGCUACCAUCAGCUUAUGUUGUAAUGCACGUAAUAUAAACUUUUAUCUUUUAAAAAACUAUUUUACAUCCCAGUGUUCUUAAUUGUUCUGUAGGUCCGUGCAUAUGCCCAUGUUGCACAAUGUGUAAGACAAACGGGCACGUCUAGACGCAGCACAUAGCAGCACUGGCCUGCAUGUGCAGUCGGUGUUAAAGUCUAUUUAUACGUCGGUCGAAUUCUCCCCCUGUGGGGUGUCUGCAUCUGGACCACGUCUGCUUUAGAUUCCAAACAAAAGCAGCCAAUGGAGAAAUGCCGUGUUUGAAACGAGCCAGCACAUACAAGUAACAACCCACCGUGCUUCUUAUUUGUUGCGGAAACAUGAGCCGAGUCUCGGGUCCUGUGCUCUCUGCUGCUUAAAUUUAGACCUGAAAGAGAGAGCCAGGCAUUCAGACAGCCAGGAAGGCUGCUGACUGGAGGGGGGACCACAUUGAUAAAGUAGAAAUCAUUUAUUUUUAAUUCUCCACUGAGAUCUAAUUACUGCCUAUUUUUAAGACGGGGGGGGAAGAGAAGGUGCAUGAUUUUUCAGAUGGCUCUUCUUUCGUUCCUCGACUUACUGCUGGUGUAACUGUAGUUUGUUUAACUUCAACUUUGCUGUUGACAAAAUAGUUUUACCUGAAGGUCUUUUAGCUGUCCUGUAGCUUUUAAUCUUAUCCCACGAUCUUCCUCAGCAGCCAGUUAGCCUGGUUGCCAUGUCAGUAACGGUUGGCUAAGCCCCACCCCCCUUAGUACGGUGUGUGUGCUCACAGGCAGUUUUGUGGUGAGAUUGUUUUAUCAAGUACUGUUUUCAAAGUCAGUUUGGUCUCAAUCUGUUGUGCUCUGCAAUAACAUGAAUAUGAACAUUUAACUAUAAUCUGGUUUCCAUGGUGACAUUUGGGUUCAAUGCCCAGACUAUUUGAACAGGAGAGUUAUGUAAGUGACAGUAGGAUCAUGACAAUAAAGACGUAAAACACAUAAAUGAUGGAUCCGACUGUCAGUGUGGUUGGAUGGAGGUUAGACAUGUCCCUGCAAAUGGAUAAAGUCAGUUUUUUCUGAUGGACUUUCUCUUAAAGUACAAGUUACCCACUCUUUCCUCAGUUUGCCUUAGUUGAGUUUAGUUUUGCUUUAAUUUCUAUUCUGCCAAUAUAUGAAUAAAAGGUUUUUUUGCAAAUUUGGUUUUCAGCUCCCUUAGUU